GUAGAACUUGCAAGACUCAUCUCUCUCUCUCUCUCUCUCUAAAAUAUAACCCCAUUGAGGUGGUUUCCUCCACGCAAAAGAGAAACUCUCAGUGUGUUAUACGACAAAGGUACCUGGUACAUCUAUAUACUUUAUUCAUCCCUUCAAAAUCCCCAAAUCCCAUAAACCCAUUUGCCAUUGAUUGUAAUCUGCAAUCUGCUCUUUCUUUUUUUACAUAAUUUUGGCAUAAUUAUCGCCUUAAUCUGCUGCUUUCUCGCCUAUAUUACUUUUAAUCUGCCGACAAUUGGGGAAAAGCAAGUCUUGGUUUUGGAUGCUUUGCUCUCCUGUUCUUCCUCAUACCCAUCAUUGAUUUCUUCAAUUCUGAGGGCGUUUCUGUAUUGGGUUCUUCUUCUUUUGAUCGGAAUCGGUUCCAAAACCCCGAAUCGGUUUCUGGGUAUCUUGGAUUUUGCUUUGUUUGUGCUUCUUAAUUGGGUUAUUCUUGUGACGGCUUCUAAUCCUCUUGGAUUUUGUUUCUUGUCUUCAACUGGCUGUUUGAAAAUACCUGCUUCUUGUUCUCUACCGUCGUAAUAAUAUAUGGGCUGAGGUGCACAUUUCAUGGGAGGUGUGGGAGAUGAAGAACCAGCAACAAAACGCAUGAAGUUAUCCGCUGGAGAAUUGAAAGGACUUUCCAACGGUUCAUCUUGUGGAGAGCCUGUAGCUGGCUCUUCAAGAGACUUGAUGGCUCGGCCCCUACCAUCUGAAGGGGACGAACAGGUUGUUGGUUCAAAAGGAGUUAUUAAGAGGGUGGAAUUUGUUCGACUAAUAGCUAAGGCGCUAUAUUCUCUUGGCUAUAAGAAAAGUGGUGCUCAUUUGGAAGAAGAGUCUGGGAUACCGUUGCAUUCUUCUGUGGUAAACCUCUUUAUGCAGCAAAUUCUGGAUGGAAACUGGGAUGGAAGUGUCGACACAUUGCAAAAAAUUGGCCUAUCUGAUGAAAACAUUGCUAAAUCAGCCUCCUUUAUGAUAUUGGAGCAGAAGUUCUUUGAACUUCUAGAUGAAGAAAAAGACAUGGAUGCAUUGAAGACAUUGAGGACUGAGAUUGUGCCUCUCUGCAUCAAUGGUAGUAGAGUUCGCGAGCUUUCUUCCUGCAUAGUUUCUCCUUCAUUUGGUGGGACUCCUGGUAAGAACAUUGUGCGGGCCAAGUCUCGGUCAAAGUUACUGGAGGACUUGCAGAAACUGCUUCCCCCAACAGUUAUGAUACUUGACAGACGGUUGGAACAUUUGGUUGAGCAGGCCCUUGUCUUACAACGUGAUGCUUGCAGUUUUCACAACACCUUGAACGAGGAAAUGUCAUUGUACACUGAUCAUCGGUGUGGGAAAGAGCAAAUUCCUUCUCAAACAUUACAGAUAUUACAGGCACACAAAGACGAAGUCUGGUUUCUGCAAUUUUCACACAAUGGGAAGUACUUAGCUUCAUCAUCAAGUGAUCAAUCAGCAAUCAUAUGGGAGGUUGAUGUGAAUGGUGGGGUUACUUUAAAGCAUAGACUAUCUGGUCACCAGAAACCUGUUUCCUCAGUUUCAUGGAGUCCUGAUGACCAUCAACUCCUCACCUGUGGAGUGGAGGAGGCUGUCCGGCGUUGGGAUGUUUCUUCUGGUGAAUGUCUCCAUGUUUAUGAGAAACCUGGUGUUGGUUUGGUGUCCUGUGGAUGGUUUCCAGAUGGGAAAUGUAUAUUCUCUGGUGUCAGUGACAAGAGUAUCUGCAUGUGGGAGUUGGAUGGGAAAGAGCUGGAGUGUUGGAAAGGCCAACGAACUUUAAGAAUCUCUGAUUUGGAAAUAACUACUGAUGGCAAGCAACUUAUAAGCACUUGUAGAGAUAAUGCUAUAUUACUCCUUGACCGGGAAGCCAAAGUUGAGACAUUAAUUGAAGAAAAUCAAGCUAUAACAUCUUUUUCAUUAUCAAGAGAUAAUAGGUUCUUGUUGGUUAAUCUUCUGAACCAAGAAAUCCAUCUCUGGAACAUAGAAGGUGAAAUCAAGCCUGUUGCUAAGUACAAAGGUCACAAACGCACCCGAUUUGUAAUCAGGUCUUGUUUUGGUGGACUUGAAGAAGCUUUUGUUGCUAGCGGUAGUGAGGAUUCACAGGUUUAUGUAUGGCAGAGAAGCUCAGGGGAGCUGAUAGAGGCAUUGCCGGGCCAUUCUGGAGCUGUUAAUUGUGUCAGCUGGAAUCCAGCAAAUCCGCACAUGUUCGCCUCUGCCAGUGAUGACCGCACAAUUCGAAUAUGGGGCCUAAGCGAGCAAACAGUAAAACACAGGGGUGCACACAGCAAUGGCAUCCAUUAUUGCAAUGGAGGAACAUGAAAAAAAAAAACUUUGAAAAGCUAAUCUCUGGUUAUUAUUUCUUUCUCUGACCAUUGCUUUUAUGUAUAUACCUUUAUCAUCGUCGAAAAAUCAGACAUUCACGUCAAACAAAGCAUGUGGAUUGUGCAGCAAGUAUUAAUAAAUUUACUAUUUCAUUUUGUUA